GGGCGGUGGCGGCGGCUGCGGCGGGCGGAUGGCGGCGGAGCUGGGCGCGGGGCUGCGCAUCUUCCGCGAUAUACUGAGAAGAGCAGACAAGAAUGAUGAUGGAAAACUGUCCUUUGAUGAAUUCAAAGCUUACUUUGCUGAUGGAAUUCUGAGUGGAGAAGAACUACAUGAACUUUUUCACACAAUCGAUACACACAAUACUGACAAUCUUGACACAGAAGAGCUCUGUGAAUAUUUUUCCCAACACUUAGGAGAGUAUGAAAAUGUUCUAUCUGUCUUGGAAGACUUAAACAUUACCAUACUGAAGGCAAUGGACAAAACAAAGAAGGACUAUCAGGAAGCUUCUAAUUUGGAGCAGUUUGUGACUCGUUUUCUUCUGAAGGAGACACUGAACCAGCUUCAGUCCCUCCAGACCUCCCUGGAGUGUGCGAUGGAGACCACGGAGGAGCAGACUCGGCAGGAAAGACAAGGUCCAACAAAACCAGAGGUGCUCUCAGUUCAGUGGCCAGGAAAACGUUCAGCUCGAAGGCUGCAAAGGAACAACAGCCUAUCGCCGAACAGCCCUCAUUUUAACACAGGCUGGACUGAGGAAGACAGCCAGUGGAUGACCCAGAUAAACAGACUCCAGAAGCUGAUUGACAGGCUGGAAAAGAAGGACUUAAAGCUUGAGCCAUUUGAAGAAGAAGUUUUGGAAGAAAAUGCAAGAUCUCACAUAAUGAUUGUUCAACGUCAAAUGUCCGUAGUAGAAGAGGAAAUCGAGGAAUUCCGGCUUGCUCUGAAGCAGUACGUGGAGUCUGCCUCUGCUCAGGGCGGCUGCUUGCAUGUUUCCAUACAGAAACUUCCAAAUGAUUCCCGCUUCAUUGUCUAUGAGUUCUGGGAGAACAGCAAUGCCUGGAAUAGCCACCUUCAAACAAAUUACAGCAAGACAUUCCAGAGAAGUAACGUGGACUUCUUGGAAACUCCAGAGCUCAUUACAACAAUGCUAGUCCCUGGAGUGUCUGAAAUUGGAUUCAAAACACUCCUUAGAGCAUCCCCCCUGCCCGCUAAGAAGGAUUUCGGUCCCCAGCUCUGCAUCCUGCCAGUUGCCAUAGAAACGCCAUCUCCCAACCUUGGCUCCUUAUGGGGUGGUGCAGUGCAGAGUGAUGUGCUCACGGCUGUUUUCACAGUUUUGUAGAUUAUCUAUAAUGUAGAAGUCUCUACGGAUAUCUAUAGGAUAUUUUUGUUUGUUUGUUUGUUUGGUGGUUGUGCUGGCUUGUUUGUUUGUUGUGUUGUUUUUUUUGGGGGGGGGAAGUAUUUCCCAUACAUGAGCUAUACAAAACAUAUUUGUAUGUGACAGUCAGAAUGUGUUUGUGAAGCAACAAAUGCUGGCUGCAAUGCUACAGGUGGGUUUUAUGGAAGAGUUUUAGACACAAUAAACUGGUAUCAUCAUAAAAUCAGGAAGAAAAAACAAAGCAAUCUGUUCAAUUAGUACAUAGAUAGACUAUUCUACAAACAGAUUUACUCUAGGUCAGAUGCAACUAUGCCUUUUCACACAUCUGGGUAAGUAAGAACUGAUCCACUUCUAUAUCACAAUCUGAAUCUGACUCAACAAAAGCUACAACCUGAGUCUUUACUCCUCUGAUUAAUCCUAAUGAAUAUUUACCUGGCUAAGAAUGACUCAGGAAGACGUGCUUUCAGGACUGUUAGAUCCUAAAGGAAAUUUGCUUACUAUCAGUUAAUAGAAACCAUGACCUAUUAUAAUCACCUGCACACCUCUUAAUUGACCAAGUCGCUUCAGGCCAAUCUAUUCUUCCCCUGUAUGGAGAGGUUUUGUCCCUGAAAGUAUACAGCUUUCAUAGAGUUGCACAUACAAUGAACAUUUCUUGAAACCAGCAGCGACUUAUACAUUAUAGCUACUUUAUUUAGGAUUUUUACUUGAGGUAGAAAAAGAAAUACUGCUUAUGGAAACAAAUAAAUGAA